AUGCAAGCAAUACGACAGUCAUUAACAGUUGCAACUCAACGACGAAUUAGUCUUAUACGUCCGUCGUUGAUUAUACAACAUAUUCGUUAUGAUAGUAGUGAUUCACGCUCAUCUGCAAAUCAAAAUAAAAGUGAAAAACAAUCUGAUCCAGGCAAAGGUAGUAAUUUAAAUAAAACGAAAACUAGUGAUAAGAAACAAAAAGUCAAUACCACUGAUGAUACCAAACAACCUGGUACAACACGAAAAGAUUGGAAUAAACCAAAUCAAGUAAUUUCUAAUGAUCCACCUUAUGGAAAAGCAGGUGGCUCAAUAGAUACUCAUAAUCCUGAUCGUGGAAAAAAAUAA